UAAAGCACGAGCCCAUGCCUCUGUUUUGGGAUAUGAAGAGAGUAAACUCGGACUGAACUCUUCUAAAAGAUAUUUUCCUUUACAAUCUUGACAAGUCUUCCUCGGAUCCGAGAGUUGUUCCGCUGUUCCCGCUUCACUAAGGUUGUGCAGACGCCAGAAGAAACAAAGAAAGAAAAUAGAGAGUCUUCAUCAUGGUGCUAAUGAAUCUCCCAGUAAUUGGAGCGGUGUCUGUUUCUGAGAGUCUGGUUGCCAUGGUGACGAUAUGUCUGGCCUACUUGAUCCUCAAAUGUUUCAACGACAAGAUCCCCGAGGGUCUUCGUCGUCUUCCCGGCCCAAAACCUCUACCGAUAAUCGGGAAUGUUCUGGAAGUGGGAAGCCGACCUUAUCUGAGUCUCACGGCCAUGAGCAAACGCUACGGAGACGUGUUCCAGAUCCAGAUCGGGAUGCGACCCGUCGUCGUUCUGAGUGGAAGCGACACCAUUCGCCAGGCUCUCAUCAAACAAGGGGAUGAUUUCGCUGGAAGACCAGAUUUGCCCAGCUUCCGGCUCAUAAACGACGGAAAGAGUCUUGCGUUCAGUACGGAUCAAGCUGGAGUUUGGCGUGCCCGAAGGAAACUAGCGUACAGUGCUCUGAGAUCUUUCUCCACGCUUGAAGGAACGACCCCAGAGUACUCGUGCAUGCUGGAGGAACACAUCUGCAAAGAGGGCGAGCAUCUGAUCAAACAGCUGAACACCGUCAUGCAGGCGGACGGCCGCUUCGAUCCUUUCCGACACAUCGUAGUUUCCGUCGCCAACGUGAUCUGCGGGAUGUGCUUCGGACGGAGAUACAACCACGACGACGAUGAGCUGCUGAGUUUGGUGAACCUCAGCGAUGAGUUCGGACGGGUGGUGGGCAGCGGAAACCCCGGGGACUUUAUCCCCGCUCUGAGGUUCCUGCCGAGCACCACGAUGAAGAAUUUCAUGAGGAUCAACGCCCGAUUCAACGCGUUCAUUCAGAAGAUCGUCACCGAGCAUUACACCACUUACGACAAGGAUAACAUUCGUGACAUCACAGACUCCCUCAUCGAUCACUGCGAGGACAGGAAGCUGGACGAGAACUCAAACAUCCAGAUGUCAGACGAGAAGAUCGUAGGAAUCGUUAACGACCUGUUUGGAGCCGGUUUUGAUACCAUCUCCACGGCUCUGUCCUGGUCCGUGAUGUACCUGGUGGCUUACCCCGAGAUACAGGAGAGGCUGUAUCAAGAGCUGAAGGACAAAGUGGGUCUGGAUCGCACCCCUGUUCUCUCCGACAGACCCCACCUUCCCUUUCUGGAGGCUUUCAUCCUGGAGAUUUUCCGCCAUUCUUCCUUCCUGCCGUUCACCAUCCCUCACUGCACCACUAAAGACACGUCUCUGAAUGGAUACUACAUUCCCAAAGACACUUGUGUGUUUAUCAAUCAGUGGCAGAUCAAUCAAGACCCUGAGCUGUGGAAAGACCCGUCUUCCUUCGUUCCGGAUCGUUUCCUGUCCUCUGACGGCAGCGAGGUGAACAAGCAGGAAGGAGAGAAAGUGAUGGUGUUCGGCAUGGGGAAGAGGCGCUGCAUCGGAGAGGUCAUCGCCAGAAACGAAGUGUACCUCUUCUUGGCGAUCAUCGUCCAGAAACUGCACUUCCACGCCAUGCCGGGGCAAACGCCGGACAUGACCCCCGAAUACGGACUCACCAUGAAACACAAACGCUGCCACCUGAGGGCCACGAUGAGGACGAACGAGGAGUGAAGAUACUCAUAUCUGUGCAAUUUACGACUCAAUUGAAGUGGACUCAAACACUGCAAAGGGUCAGAGCAGCAGGCAUGGAGAGAAGAGGCGUUCUCAGAAUGUACUAGAUGUUUCAUCUACAGAGCUAAUGGCAUUAAAGUGAAAUGUGCUUUUUGCAGAUUGUCAGAGAUGAACAUAUCAUGUUUUUGGUUCCUGCACAUUGUUGGUGCCUCGAAGAAGAAUAAGGAGCUGCGUGGAUGUGCUGUGCAUUAAAUAAACUGCAUUAUUAAGAAGUUGUGAACCUCUGCUUAGUUUGGGACGAGCAGGUUUUACUGAGGCAUUAUCAUGUAGGCGGUUGCAACCUAAAUUCUUUCCUUCUCUCACAGGACUCUGAACUGAAAUGAUAGAACCUUGUGAUACCAUUUAAACGUGUAAGCUAAUUAUUUCCCAUUAUAAUGUGGAUUUAAGACACUGAAGCUAUAUCUGUAUCCCAAAAUGUGAUUAUUUGUGUGUAUAUCAAGCUAUUUGUAUUUUUUUUUAAAGACAUUUUUAUAUGCCUAGCGUUUGUAUAUUUUUGAGGUGAGAAAAGUUUUCGCUCUGCAUCUUUAAGAAAGCCAAAAGAGUUCUUUUGGAAUAUAUCAGUAGACCGUUUUUUGUAUUUGUAUCUCUAAUGCAUCGAUGAUUGUAUCACAUGUAAGGGCAUUGGAUCGGAGCAUCCUUUAAUCAGCCACGCAAAUAAAAUAUGUUGUAAGAAUGA